GGCCCCGCGCCCCGCAGCCCGGUCCCCCGCGAAGGCCCCACUCUGGGCCACCGCUCCGACGAGCUGGUGCGGUUCCGCUUCUGCAGCGGCUCCUGCCGCCGCGCCCGCUCCCCGCACGACCUCAGCCUGGCCAACCUGCUGCACGCCGGGGCCCUGCGGCCGCCCCCGGGCUCGCGGCCCAUCAGCCAGCCCUGUUGCCGACCCACGAGCUACGAGGCCAUCUCGUUCAUGGACGUCAACAGCACCUGGAGGACCGUGGACCGCCUCUCGGCCACUGCCUGCGGCUGUCUGGGCUGAGGGCUCGCUCCGAGGGCGUGCGGACAGACCCUGACCCAUGGAUCUAACUGCCUGGGACCACUGGGGGCUCGGCCGGAGAUGGAGGCUUCGGCCGUGUGAGUGAUGGACAUCAGCCCUGCGGAGAGAGAGGCACGACUGACGGGCGGUCUCACCCUGCCAGCCUCAACCCGGCAGACACCAGAGACCUCAGCAGUGGAGAGCCGAGGACCUCCUGCUCACAGACUGUCACUGCCCGGGCCAGGAACCCAGGACUCCUCUAGAGAACCCAGCAGUGUGUGGUCUCAACCUCAGCCUGGGCCUGGGGGGACAGAUUUGGAGACAUGUAAUUCGUUGCCGAAGUGCCUGUGCUGGAGCGGCCCUUAGACUCUCUGGCGGGAGCUGGACCCCUAUUUAUUACUUCUAAGUUAUUUAUUUACUUCUGUGGUUUGUCAGAUCCUUUCCUGGGCUAUGGUGGCUGGAUGGGGGAUGGGUAGAAGCAGUUGGAUGGAGAUCCCGCCCUGACUAUCCUGCUCACAACUUCGGGCUCACUCAGCAAUCAUAAGCCUGGCCUGGGACUGCUUGCCCUCACCCAGCAGCUCUGGAACCUGAGGGGCAUGGAACACAGGCAGAGGAGGUGGCAAAGAUGUGUUCGCUAGUCCCAGCAGGCCAAUUCACAACCCCCUGCACAGCCCCCAGCAGCUGGAACCUGGGGUUACUGGUGGAGAAAGCCAUUGCCUUGAGACCUCAGGCAUGCUGGGGGCUUGCUUGAUGGUAAAGAUUGCACCACCCCACUGUCACUGAUCAGAGUCCUACCCUUCAGAACACCCUGACAGGCACAUAUACUGCCUGUGCUUGCAGAUAGCCCAGCCCAGGGAGCUUACUACCCACAUUCUGUGAAGCAGCCCGUGUCAAGAGAGCAGCUGAAAAGGCUGAGGGUGGGAAAGAGGGUGCAGUGGGAGGCUGGUUUGGGGGGGAUGAAGCACAGAACAUCAUGGAGAUUAGAAAGCAGGAAAAGACUGAAGGUAUCUAGAGGGACCCGCAUCUUGGGUAAUGAACAAGGAUAUUCAUUCAUUCAUUCAACAAAUAUUUAUGAAGUACCUAUUUUAUGUCAGAAGCUGUGCAGACAGCAGGGCUACAGAAGUGACCCAUGAUCUCUGCUAUUAAGCUUAAACCAGGAGAGACAAACAAUAAAUAAUUUACAUAAAUAAUUACUGAAAUUCAAUUUGGCAAACAGUAUGAAAAAGGACCAGAGGCUGAGAGGUACAUACCCUCAUCUGGAAAGAAAGGAGGAGAGGUUAAAUGCUGACCCUGGCCCUCCACACUGUUGCCAAGUCAUAACUCAAAAAGUCAGCACAAUGCCUCUGAGCUUCUGUGUAUGUCCUGUGAAACCUUGUUUCCUGGGCCCUAUGAAUUUGUCCUAUAUGAUUUUUUUUUCUUUGAAAUUAAGAUCAGGACACGUGUUUGGAUGCAUGCUGGGUCUGAGGAGCUGUGGGACAUGCGAGGGUGGUCAGGAGGCAGUGGGGAUUGCUGGUCUGGAGCUGAGGAGGCAGGUCUGUACUGAGGUUGACUGGGCAGCUGUUAGCAGAGGCAGUAGCUGCAGCCAGGGGUGCACGAGACUGUGUAAGAGUGAGGCAGACUGAGGCUGGGAUCCCUCAGGCAUUAGACAUCAUUAACCAAAAUUCCUUCCCAACUGCCUGAAUGCCUGCCUGCUUUGGCACAGAUGCCCCCUUCUCCCAGGCUAGAGUGAGGAGCUGGCAAGGGCUCUUUGAAGGCUGUAUGCAUUCUGAGUCAAAGAGGGGAAAGCAGUCAUGUUUCCAUUCUUCUGUUUUCACUGCCUCAGUUCUAGGUGCCCCCAAAACUUUGAGGCUCUCAUGCCGCCCUCAAACACCCCCUCGGUCCUUCUCCCUGCUUCCAAACUGAUUCAGGACCUUCAGUCACUAACCCCCACCUCCAACCAAAGAAAAUGGCAGCUUGGAAACAUCUCACAAAGGCCCUGCCCUGGUCCUGGUUGGGGGUGAAGAGGAAGAAGUGGAACUGUUAGUCGCUCAACUGUGUCUGCCUCUUUGCGAUCCUGUGGACUGUAGCCCGCCAGGCUCCUCUGUCCAUGGAAUUCUUCAGGCAAGAACUCUGGAGUGGGUUGCCAUUCCCUUCUCUGGGGAUGAAGAAGAAGGUCCUGUCAAUUUCAGGGUCACUGGG